CCUCAUCUGACGAGAUCGACAGGGUGAAUGAUACGAACGAACGGCCGGGAGGACGCCACACCCGACUAUUAUUGGCGGGGGAACGUUCCGCGGCGGCGAAAUCCGACUCCUUGUAAUUGCGGAACGUUCUCCGAACUGGCUCAAAGGGCAAACUGGAGCUCCUAGAUUAUGGCCAGAGUGCCACAAAACGCAUAAAAGCCCACUCGUCCGAUCGAAAGCUGCUCAGAACGAAAAUCACAUUCGCACUCUUCACUUGCAAUCUUCAACACCACACCACUUUCAUCUUCAACCAUGUCUUCUGCUAUCUCCAACGACACACUCAAGAACAUCUCUCGCCUGAUCGGCAUCCCCAAGGAGAAGCUCGAAGCGCUCCCGAAGGACACGCUCGAAAAGUCCGUCAUCGGAUUCGAACACGCCAGGCACGCUAAGGAGAUCGCGUUCGAUGCCAACACAUCGACCGUCAAAGCCGCCAAGGUCUCUCUGACUGUCACCAACUUCUAUACCGCGACCAUCGGUGUGACCAUCACCGGCUUCGCGGACAGCACGCCGACCCCCGCAGGCAUCGACGGCACCGGCUCGGUCGGGUCGCGUCCGGAUAUCGAGGGCGACCUGGUGUUCAAGCAGGGCGUGACCGAGGACGACUUUUUGUCGAAGACGAACAAGGCAGAUGUCGAUGUCAGCGCGGAGGGGAUCGCUGUGGUGUUGUUCUACCAGAACAGCGGGUCUGGGAUCACGCCGGACAACUACCUUGGCAAGUUCUCUGCUACGGAUCUGAAGGGAACGGGCAGCUUCACUGGCUCUGCUUCGGUCACCUGGAACAGGACGGGUGGCCCGAAGCCUGUGGGUCCGAAGGCUGGCACGGCGACGGUGAACAUCACGGGCUACUCCGACGCGACCAUCACUAUCGACGUCACCGGCUUCGCUAAGACGGUACCGGCCCCUGCAAAGGUGAACGGAACGGGCUCGAACGGGACACGCACCGUCAGCGGGAACUUGACGAUUGUCUCGGGCAAGACAGAGUCGGACUUCAUCUCGAAGGCGAACGCGGCGGAGGUGACGCUGUCGGCGACUGGAGUGCUGACAGUGAAGGUGUAUGAGAACCAGGGGUCCGGGAUCACGGCCGCGAAUAUCUUGGGCACGUUCAGCGGGACGGACCUGCAUGGCACGGGUAACUUCACUGGGAGCGCGAGCCAGCUCACCUGGACUUCGAGUGAGUUCAUCGUUAAUGUGUCACUGAGCGUUGACUAA